CAUUGAGAGCUUUGGAGAGGUUAUUGCACUAAAUACAAACCGAGUUCGGUUAAUUAUAAUAUUAUUUGUAAUGGUUCAUUCGGUGUCAAUUGCUAACACUAAAACUACGCUCUAUGAAUCUGCGGUCGCGGGUGGUAUGGCGGGAGCCAUUACAAGAGCUGUAGCACAACCCCUGGACGUUCUAAAAAUACGAUUUCAACUCCAACUUGAACCUAUUCGAAAUGGUUCUAAAUACAGCUCUAUGCUACAAGCAGUGUCUUCUAUUGUGAAGGAAGAAGGUAUAUUGGCAUUGUGGAGUGGUCACGUACCAGCACAAUAUCUAUCAAUAGCGUACGGAGUCUUGCAAUUCUCCGUGUUUGAACAGCUUACGCAAGUAUGCCAGAGUGCUGAUCAACAGUUUUAUUACACACACAGACACUGGAUAAACUUUUCUAAUGGCGGUGUGGCUGCAGCCGUCGGUACCGUCGCAUCAUUUCCAUUCGAUACAGUCAGAACCAGGUUAAUUGCUGAACAGAAAACGAAAAAGGCAUACAAAGGGUUCACUCACGCAAUCACGUCUAUGGUAAGAACUGAAGGAGUCGCUGCCUUGUACAAAGGCUUGAUACCCACCCUGGGUCAGAUAGCACCGCAUGCUGGCAUACAGUUUGCAGUGUAUAGAUUUUUAACAGACACUGUAUUUAAUAAAAUACCUCUUUUCCAAAGACGAGCAACUAUGCAUUCUGUGAUUGAAACCUCUUUAGUGGCAAACAUCAUAGCUGGUUGUAUAUCUGGUUUUGUGGCUAAAACUGCAAUCUAUCCAUUUGAUUUAAUAAAAAAAAGAUUGCAAAUACAGGGUUUUCAGCAGUACAGGCAGUCUUUUGGCAAGCAGAUGUACUGCAAUGGUCUGUUAGAUUGUUUGAAGUUAACCAUCACUAUGGAAGGGUUCCUAGCACUGUAUAAAGGGUAUGGUCCGAGUAUGUUAAAGGCAGUUUUGGUUACUGCCAUGCAUUUUACUGUGUAUGAUGAAAUCAAACACAUGUUCAUGAAAUUGAAGAGUUGAUGAAUGUAAUCUUAUGUAAAUAGAUCUAAAUUCAAGUUGAUAGGUAUGUGCAUGGGCAAAUCAUUAAAUUAUUUCCUAGUAGAAAUUAUCUCUAUAAUUAGUUACAUUGAAGGCCAUCGAAGAUCCUCAUUGUACAUGAAUUUGUUAUGUUGCAUCAUCUCAUAGAGCAUAAGCAAUCACAAUUAAAAAAAAAUUGACAUUGCAUAUACCUAUCAAAUGUUUGUAUUAAGAACAAAAUAUUAAUUUUAAGAUUUAAUAACACGGGACUGAUCACAGGAAUAUUCAUCACUUAAUUUAAGCUAGCCAAACCAAAACUGCCAUCAAAUGUUAUUCCAUUAGUGAGUUUUAAAUUAUUAAAAAAAAAUUAUCUUAUAUCACCAGUAUUGA